AUGGACUUUCUCCACUCGCAACUCGGGGCGCUGCAGCGCAACUUGGCCUUUGUCGCUACCGACGCAAUCCCUUGGAAAUUAUACGUUCAGGCUUUCUCGUGGACCGUCGCGUUGUUUGAGUCAUAUCUCAUACUGCGCCAGUACCCAUUAUACUCCAAGACAGAACCUCCGGCCGCGUUAGCGUCCUUCUUUUCGAAGGACGAAUUCCUCAAAUCGCAGAACUACGGAAAAGAUAAAGCGAAGUUCUCGCUCUUCUCGGGGCUGUACAAACAGUGCAUCGAUUCCGCGCUUCUCCAGCUUGGGUUCUACGCCUGGUCGUGGACCGCUGCUGGAAAAGUGACUUCGUGGUUUGGCUAUGGCCCGGAUUACGAGAUCACCCAGUCUCUCAUCUUCGCGUUCUUGCUGUUCUUCAUCUCGUCCAUCCCCUCGCUCCCCCUAUCGGUGUACAGCACCUUUGUGCUCGAGGAAAAGCAUGGCUUCAACAAGACCACGCCAGCCGUGUUCGUUACCGACCUACUCAAGGGCUGGGCCAUCGGUAUCGUCCUGGGCGCACCAUUCCUUGCUUUGUUUCUCUACAUCUUCGAAUGGGCUGGAGAUCGCUUCGUGCCUUGGUUGAUGGGCCUCAUGAUUUCCUUCCAGAUGAUCAUGGUCAUAUUGUACCCAACUGUCAUCCAGCCUCUGUUCAACAAGCUGUCGCCUCUCGCUGAGGGCGAUCUCAGGACCAGGAUCGAGGCGCUCGCCGGCAAACUCAAGUUCCCUCUCAAGCACCUCUACGAAAUCGACGGCUCGAAGCGCAGCUCCCACAGCAACGCCUACUUCUUCGGCUUGCCUUGGAGCAAGCACAUCGUCAUCUUCGACACGCUCAUCCAGCAGAGCAAGCCCGAGGAAGUCGAAGCCGUCUUGGCGCACGAACUGGGCCACUGGUACUUCCUCCACCCCACGAAGAUGCUCGCCAUCUCGCAACUCCACACCUUCGCCGUGUUGGCCACCUUCCCCGCCUUCAUGCACGCGCCCCCCGUGCUCCGUGCCUUUGACUUCCCCAAGGCCGUCGCCGCGCAGCCCCCCACCAUCGUCGCAUUCUUGUUGUUCCAGAUGAUCCUCACGCCCGUGGAGGCGGUCGUGAGCAUCUGCCUCAAUGCCGUGAGUAGACACUUCGAGUGGCAGGCCGACCGGUUCGCCUGCGAGCUGCAGGACCAGCUGCAGGAUCCCAGCAUGCAGGACAUGGGCGACCGUCUCGGACGCGCGCUCGUCACCCUGCACGUCAAGAAUCUGUCCACCGUAUGGGUGGAUUGGUUAUACUCGGCAUACCACCACUCGCAUCCUACGCUGACGGAGCGUUUGAAGGCGAUGGAGACGUUCCAGGCCGCCCGGGAGAAAAAGGCCUUGUAG